AUGUUACCCGUGCCGCAAGAUCGUUUGUCUGGUCGCCGCAGCAGCUCCAUAGUCAGCAGAACGCUUCUCGGUCGCCGAGCGUCAGUUUACGUCACGAGUAACCAACAGGAUCCUGCUAAGUUAAUAACAGAGAUCAACGUACAGCUGGCUCUCUUCCGGGAUUUGUUGAUCCACAUUGGACAACCCCACGACUGCCCGGAACUAAGAGAGAGAGUACGUCGCUUACGACGCACGUGCGUUGAAGCAACGAAACAAACCAGCCAGCUCGUUUUGCCGACCUGCAAAAAGUCGACAAGCGAAGGCUGCGCCGAUCAACCACAGCUGGUGCUUCUAUACUUCAUGUCACAACUACUCCUUCGAGAGCUCGCCAAGUGUCACCGUCUAGUACAACUCGUACCCAUGGACAUGUCUUCCUAUUAUGAAAACCGCGCUGGUCCAUCAAAUUUUGGGAAUGUGAUCAGUCAGAUCCUACUCUGCAAGCAGAUCACGCCAGACUUCAACCAAGAAGAGCUGUGCAGCAUCGCUAAGGACACGCAGGAGAUCACAAGGAUCGUCAACGAUAUUCAAGAGUAUCUUCCACAACACGAUAAUCUUACUCAUUUAGAAACCAACGUUGCGCUUAAAGGCGAUGACGGUGCCGGCCUAUGGCGAAACAAGCGGCGUGGAUCCCUCUACAAAGGCAUGGGCGUGCUUUGUUGUAUGUCGCGUCCAAACUACCUCUGA